AUGGUCCCUCACCAAGUCGACAGCGUCUCUACCGGCGCCGGUGCCGGCCAGGCUACCAAGCACCGCAAGUGGUGGAAAGAGAGCUCCGUCUACCAGGUAUAUCCGGCGUCGUUCCAGGACACGACCGGCAAUGGCGUCGGCGAUCUGAAGGGUAUCAUCUCGCGGGUCGACCACUUCAAGGCUCUCGGCGUCGACAUUGUGUGGCUUUCCCCCAUCUUUGAGAGUCCCCAGAUUGACAUGGGGUACGACAUUAGCAACUACCGCGAGAUUCACGCCCCAUACGGCACCGUGGCCGACGUCGACGAGCUCAAAGACAAGCUCCAUGAGCGGGGCAUGAAGCUCGUGCUCGACCUCGUCGUCAACCACACGAGCGACCAGCACGAGUGGUUCAAGCAGUCGCGCUCCUCCAAGGACAGCCCCUACCGCGACUGGUACAUCUGGCGCAAGCCCAAGUACGACGCUCAGGGCAACCGGCAGCCGCCCAACAACUGGAAGUCGCACUUCCAGGGCAGUGCCUGGGAGUGGGACGAGACGACCGGGGAGUACUACCUCCGGCUCUUCGCCAAGGAGCAGCCCGACCUCAACUGGGAGAACCCCAAGGUGCGCGCCGCCGUGCACGACAUCAUGCGCUUCUGGCUCGACAAGGGCGCCGACGGCUUCCGCCUGGAUGUCAUCAACUUCGUCAGCAAGCCGCAGGACUUCCCGGAUUCCGACCUCGACGUCCUUCCCGGUUCCGAGCUGUACUCCGCCGGGCCUAGAUUGCACGAGUACCUGAAGGAGGUCGGCGCGAUCCUCCAGGAGUACGACGCCUUCAGUGUCGGCGAGAUGCCCUGCGUUCGUGAUCUCAAGGAGGUCAUCAAGAGCGUCAACGGUGACCGCGGGGAGCUGAGCAUGAUCUUCCACUUUGAGUUCAUGGACAUCGAUCACGGCCCCCAGGGCAAGUUCUCCCCCAAGGACUGGAAGCUCGCCGAGCUCAAGGCCGGCAUCAACAAGUGGCAGCGCUUCAUGUACACCAACAACGGCUGGAACGCCCUGUACCUCGAGAACCACGACCAGCCCCGCUCCGUCAGCCGCUUCGCCAGCGACGCCCCUGAGCACCGCGAGAAGAGCGCCAAGAUGAUCUCUAUCCUCCAGGGUUUCCAGGCCGGAACCCCCUUCGUUUACCAGGGCCAGGAGAUCGGCAUGGUCAACGUGCCCAAGGAGUGGCCCAUGGAGGAAUACAAGGAUAUUGACUGCUUGAACCACUGGAAAAGUCUGCACAAGGACGUCGACGACGAGGAGACCCUGAAGGCCUUCAAGGUCGAGUACCAAAAGAAGUCUCGCGACAACGCGAGAACACCCAUGCAGUGGGACGCCAGCCCCAACGCCGGCUUCACCACAGCCGAUGCCACGCCCUGGAUGAAGGUCCACCCCAACCACACCGAGAUCAACGCCGCGUCCCAGGUAUCAGAUCCCAACUCGGUGUUCAACACCUGGCGAGCCGUCCUCGACACUCGCAAGAAGUACCUCGACGUCUUCGUCUACGGCGACUUCCACCUGGUCGACGAGGCGCAUGAGCAGGUCCUGGCCUACUCGCGAAGGGCCGACGAUGGCCAGGUGGCUGUUAUCGCCUGUAAUUUCUCCUCGGAAUCCCUGGAAUGGGACGGCUUGAAGGGCAGCGUCAAGGAGGUGCUGGUCACGAAUAACGGCAAGACGAAGAACGACUUUGGUAGCCAAGGAAAGGUUACCCUCGGUCCGUACGAGGGCGUAGCAGUCCUGCUGGAGGCCUAA